AUGACCACUAGUAUGUCAAGACGUGUUUAUAACUUUAACGUGGCCCAACCUGCCAUUUCGCAGACCCACAAGGAUAUCACAGAUGAUAAGAUGAGAGAACUUCGUCGGGCACGUAAGGUACGUUUCUAUGUCAACGGGGACCGUUUCUUCAAGGGAAAGAAGAUGUACAUUACGCCUCAUCGUUACUUUAACUUCAGUGACCUUUUAAAUGACCUCACUGGAAAAUUACCUUCCUCUGUUGGUUUACCAUAUGGCGUGCGUCAGAUCUUUACCCCUUCUGGUGGCCGACGUGUCAAGGACCUGGAGGACCUUGUGGAUGGUCAGACUUAUGUUUGUGCUGGGUUUGAAGGAUUCAAGGCACAAGUGAACUAUGGCCAACAGAACAUGGAGCCAUGGUCAAUGGAAGUGGGAAGACGCAACAUGAAUGGAAAGAGAUCACGACCACACAACCAUGACCUGGAAGGCGAUGGCAUGUAUGGAAGCUAUCGUGGGGGCAGAGCCUAUGGGGCAUUUCAGCCUGGGCCCUAUCUCCAAAAGAGCACAGGGCACCGUAGAUACCCUGGAACAUUUGGCAUGGCCAAUAAGGGUUCUUACCUUCCUAAUUCCGAUGUGGGACAGAUCAAACCCAAAGUUGUUACGAUUGUGCGGAAUGGUGCCCGACCAAGAAAUAAUAUCAAGAUUCUACUGAAUCGCCGUAGUGUACAGUCAUUUGAGCAGCUCAUGUCUGAUGUUUCUGAAGCGUUUGGUCCUAAAUAUAGGAAUAACAAAUUGGAAAAACUAUUUACUAUUCGGGGUAGAGAGGUUCAAGGAAUUUCUGACUUUUUCCGUGAUGAUGAUGUGUUUGUGGCUGUGGGCAAUGAGAGGUUAUCAGAGGGGGAUCUCAUUGAUAUUGUAGAGGAGAUCUAUCCUCCUGACUCACACACUGCAAAAAUGAUUCUAAAAGAUUUGGAAAAACAGAAGCGGAAACGUCAGGCGCAUCAUCUCAAGGAGCCAGAGAGUGACAAGCGUGACAGUGGUUUUGGUGAAGGAAGUGAUGGCAGUAACAGGGAUCUCGAUACCAAUGACCACAUCAUAUAUAAAGGUCGCCCACUUGAGAAAGGUCGGCGCAGGCACGAGUAUCCCAAAAGUGACGCGUUAGCCAACCGGUUAGAAAAAGACAAAGACAAGGCAGCAUACGAGGAACGUGAUCGUGCUAAGCGACGGCAACAACACCGAAUGGAAGCUGAACGUCGAGCGUUGGAUGAUGAACGUCGAAAAAGGGGCCUAGUCCCCAAAGGAACAGAUGAACAGUUCAAACGUUCAAAGGAACAGAGAGAUCGUGAGAAAGAAGAACUAAGAAGGAAAAAAGAAGAAGAGAGACAAAGGAGAUUAGAAGAGGAAGAAAAAGAAAGACAGAAACAUGAGCAGGAAAGAGAAAAGGCAUUAGAAGCAGCCAGAGAAAGACGAGCUGCAGCAGAAAAGGCUGAAAGAGAAAAGGCAGAAAAAGACAAAGCAGAAAAAGAAAAGGCUGAAAAGGAAAAAGAGAAAAAUAGGGAAAAAGAUGGAAAAAGUGAAAAGGAGGAUAAAGAAGGAGGUGAUAAAGAAGUGCAGAAAAAGAAAAAAUCGAAAUCUAAGAUUGUACGCAAAACUAAAUUUGAGCGUCAGGUUAGUGGUGACAGCCAUAUACUAAGUAAAUAUGAUUUAGGUAAAACUCUUGGUGAUGGCAACUUUGCUGUGGUGAAGCAAGCAACUCUUAAAAACACUAAAAAUGAAUUUGCUAUGAAAAUAAUUGACAAAGCGAAGUUGAAGGGUAAGGAACAUAUGGUGGAAAAUGAAAUAGAGAUCAUGAAAGACUGUCACCAUCCGAAUAUUGUCAAACUUUAUGAAGAAUAUGAAACUGUUGACAAAAUCUACCUCGUCAUGGAACUUGUAAAGGGUGGAGACUUGUUUGACGCUAUCACCCAGAGUGUCAAGUUUGGUGAAGUAGACUCAGCACACAUGGUCAAGGAUCUGUGUAAUGCCCUAUUUUAUCUCCACUCACGGUCAAUUGUACAUAGAGAUCUCAAACCCGAGAACCUUUUGGUGCAUCGAAAUAAAGACAAUACAAUUACACUGAAGUUGGCUGACUUUGGUUUGGCCAUGGAUGUGAAGGACCCAAUAUAUACUGUGUGUGGCACUCCGACUUAUGUAGCGCCAGAAAUACUCUCAGAAAUAGGUUACGGCCUGGAGGUAGAUAUGUGGGCAGUGGGUGUCAUCUGUUACAUUCUGUUAUGUGGAUUCCCUCCCUUUAGAAGCGCAGACCGAAAUCAGACAGAAUUGUUUGAGUUCAUCAAAGGAGGAGAAUAUGAAUUUCUUAGUCCCUACUGGGACCAGAUAUCUAAAGGUGCCAAGGACCUGAUCGAACACCUGCUGGUUGUAGACAAGAAGAAACGCUACACUGCAAUCGAUACACUGUCUCACCCAUGGAUCAUGUACAGUGGGGACAUGGGCAAAAUCACUGACAACGCAGAGCUUGAAAAACUGAAGACAAAAACAAGAACUGAACUUGAGGCUUUGGCAAAGACAAGUUAUGAUUCUUAUAUGAAGGUGAAGGAGAAGCGGGUUUAA